AUGGCGACCUUCCUCGACAAUGCAUACAGCUUGGUGCAUCAAGACAACACGGCCGACCAGCCGUCGUUGCAGGAUCUCAAGAACCAACUAGAAAAGGGCAACGACGAGUCCAAGCAAGAAACCAUGAAGCGCAUCUUGACCAUCAUGCUCAAUGGCGACCCAAUGCCCCAACUGCUGAUGCACAUCAUCCGUUUCGUCAUGCCCUCCAAGAGCAAACCUCUGAAGAAGCUGUUAUACAUGUACUAUGAGGUCUGUCCCAAGCACGAUGCUGGCGGCAAGUUGAAGCAAGAGAUGAUUCUGCACGCCAACGAGUACAUCCGCGGCAACACUCUCCGUUUCCUCUGCAAGCUUCGCGACGCUGAACUCAUUGAGCCCCUGCUUGCACCCGCACGUCAAUGCCUCGAGCACCGUCACUCAUAUGUCCGCAAGAACGCUGUCUUCGCCAUUGCUUCCAUCUACCAACACAACGAGGCUCUUAUGCCUGACGCUCCCGAACUUCUACAGGCUUUCCUCGAGUCCGAAAGUGAUGCUACCUGCAAGAGAAACGCCUUCGCUGCCUUGAUCUCCAUCAGCCACGACCAGGCGCUUGAGUAUUUGAGCUCCGUCUUCGAGGGUAUUCCCAAUGCGGACGAGCUCCUCCAACUCGUUGAGCUGGAAUUCAUCCGCAAGGACGCUGUCACCAACUCUCAGAACAAGGCACGCUAUCUCCGUCUGAUUUUCGACCUUCUCGAGGCCAAGGAGUCCACCGUCGUAUACGAGGCUGCAUCUUCGCUCACAGCUCUCACCAGCAACCCUGUCGCAGUCAAGGCGGCCGCUGCCAAGUUCAUCGAAUUGAGCAUCAAAGAGUCGGAUAACAACGUUAAGCUGAUUGUCCUUGAGAAGGUCAACCAGCUGCGUCGCGUCAACGAAGGCAUUCUCGAUGACUUGACCAUGGAGAUUCUGCGCGUUCUGUCUAGUCCCGAUCUGGAUGUCCGUAGAAAGGCUCUCAGCAUUGCCAUGGACAUGGUUUCGAGCAAAAACGUCGAGGAGGUUGUCUUGCUUUUGAAGAAAGAGCUGUCCAAGACUGUCGACGAGCAGUACGAGAAGGUUUGUAGGAAAAGUGGCCUGCAUUUGUGCAAUACUGACAUGUCUCCCAGANACAACGAGUACCGCUCCCUGCUUAUUCACUCCAUCCACCAGUGCGCCAUCAAAUUCUCCGAGGUCGCAGCCAGUGUCGUUGGCUUGUUGAUGGACUUUAUCGCCGACUUCAACAAUGCCUCUGCCGUCGAUGUCAUCCAGUUUGUCAAGGAGGUGGUUGAGAAGUUCCCCAAGCUCAGAGCGACAAUCGUUGGACGCCUUGUCUCCACACUCAGUGAAGUCCGUGCUGGAAAGGUCUACCGCGGUUCUCUUUGGAUUAUUGGUGAAUACUCUCUGGAGGCCAACGAUAUCCGUGAAGCCUGGAAGCACAUCCGCGCCAGCUUGGGAGAGAUUCCUAUCCUUGCUUCCGAGCAACGCCUUCUUGAAGAACAACCCGAUGGCGAGCCCAACUUGAACGACCAGGUCAACGGAAACGCAAAGGCUGCCCCAAGUGGUUCACGAAAGGUUCUUGCCGAUGGUACAUACGCUACUGAAAGUGCUCUGACCAGUCAAUCCGCUGUCAAGGCCAAGCUGGAGGCUGUCAAGGCUGCUCAAAAGCCCCCAUUGAGACAGCUGAUCCUUGACGGCGACUACUACCUUGCAAGUGUUCUUGCAUCUACCUUGACCAAGCUUGUUAUGCGCCACAGCGAGAUCUCAGAUGACCAGGCUAGAACGAACGCUCUUCGUGCUGAGGCUAUGCUCAUCAUGAUUUCCAUCAUUCGUGUCGGACAAUCGCAAUUCGUCAAGCACCCCAUCGACGAGGACUCUAUCGACCGUAUUAUGUCCUGUGUGAGAUCAUUGGCAGAGUUUGCGCAGAAGCGCGAGCUCGAAAACGCCUUCCUCGAGGAUACUAGGAAAGCUUUCAGAGACAUGGUCAAUGUUGAAGAGAAGAAGCGUGCCGAGAAGGAUGCUCUCAGCAAAGCCAAAAACGCAAUUCAGGUUGACGACGUGGUUUCUAUCAGACAGCUCAGCAAGAAGAAUGCCGUGGAUGGUGCUGAUGAGAUUCAACUCGAUCUGGAGAAGGCAACUGGUGGUGACACUGCAACGGAAGACCUCAGCUCGAAACUCAGCCGUGUCGUGCAACUCACUGGUUUCUCCGACCCUGUGUACGCAGAGGCAUAUGUCCAAGUCCACCAAUUUGACAUUAUUCUUGAUGUCUUACUCGUCAACCAGACCCAGGAUACUCUGCAAAAUCUGUCAGUAGAGUUUGCUACUCUUGGUGACUUGAAGGUUGUCGAGAGACCCACAACGCAAAACUUGUCAGGUUUGGAUUUCCUCAACGUUCAGGCUACUAUCAAGGUAUCUUCCACAGACACUGGCGUCAUCUUCGGAAACGUUGUGUAUGAGGGUUCUUCAUCAACAGACCAGAACGUCGUUAUCUUGAACGAUGUCCACGUCGACAUUAUGGACUACAUUCAACCAGCUCAGUGCACGGAGACACAAUUCAGAACAAUGUGGACCGAGUUCGAGUGGGAGAACAAGGUCAACAUCAACACCAAGAUGCCAGCCGGCAAGGGUCUGCGCGACUUCUUGAAGGGAUUGAUGAAGGUCACAAACAUGAGCUGUCUAACACCGGAUGCCAGUCUAAGCGGAGACUGUGAGGAUGCUUUGGCCAACCUCAGUGUCGAGCAAGAAGGUGACAACGGCCCUGUCACUGGUUUCGUACGGAUAAGAAGCAGAUCUCAGGGACUGGCUCUCAGUCUCGGCUCACUCAAGGGCUUGAACAAGAUUGGCGACUAUGUUUGA